AUGAGCCGCCGCCUCCUCUCCGCCCUCGCCCUGCCCACCGGGGCGGGCCUGGCUGCCGCCGCGGCGGGGACUCAGCUGCUCUGCCAGGCAGCUGAGAUCCCCACGGGAGAGAAGGCCAGUGCAAAGGAGGCAAAGGCAGCCAGCAACAGGUGGUGGCAGGGCCAGGAUCAGAAACACUCCACAAGGAAUGGCAAGUGCAACUUGACUGGCUGGUGGGAGAACGACCUGGGCUCCAGGAUGCAUGUGUCUGCAGUUGACAGCCAGGGCAACUUCUCUGGCGAGUACCACACUGCUGUGUCCAGUGCCCAGAAACCCAUCAAGUCAUCUCCUCUUGUUGGCUCUCAGCACUUGGACAAGGACAGGCAGUGCACAUUCGGCUUCACUGUCAACUGGAAGAUGUUUUCUGACUCCACAGCUGUCUUUGUGGGCCAGUGCUUUGUUGAGGACAGUGGGGAGGAGGUCCUGCAGACCUCCUGGCUCCUGCGGGAGAAGGUUGACUCCCAGUCCAGCGACUGGAAAGCCACCAGGACUGGCCGCAAUAUCUUCACUCGGAUGAAAUGA